CGACCGGGUCCAUCCCCUCCUCGCCAGCGCGAGCGGGUCGACUCAUCAUCAACAUUCUUCGGAGCUUCAGGAGGCCGUACCUCCACCGACUACCUACGUUCUCCAGAUCUUACGACUCCCACAUUCUCUCCCUCGACUCCCGGAGCGGGGUACAACAGGCAAAGUUUCUUCGUACAACCUGAGCGGGAAGAGCCUGUGCGAUGGGGAGGUGACGAAGAGGAGAAGGGGUACUCAGGGUCACUGCGGAAGGGCACACCUUUUGGAGACGAAGAGGCAGAGGGAGAUGCAGACGUUUUUGCUGAUUUCAACAAUAUGGGGAAGAGGUUGGUCCCGAUAGGUGAUGCAGGCACUGGAAGGCCACCAGGUGCCGCUUCCCCGCGCGCGCAAUAUGGUAACUCAUCGUCUUUCGUCCCUCCCUCAUCUGCCCUCUUGCCCGGUGCACAUGACGGUGGACCUAUGGAAUACGUCACCGUCCCAACUCUUGGUCCCGACUGGGGUGCCGAGGAGCUGAGAGAAAUGUCCCGCAAGGGGAGGAGGGAGACCAUCGCCGCGGCACGAGUCAAGAGGUGGCGCGCCUGGAUUCGGGACGAGGAGGGCAUCUUCGGCAAGUGGGGGAGGAGGAAGAGUCUUGUCUGGGGCGCGUUCGCGAUGUGCUGCAUAGUUGGUAUCCUCCUCGCCGUUCUCCUUCCUCGUGUACCCGACAUUCAACUGUACGGUACAACCCCCUUCACCUCCCAAGCGAGCGACAACACCACCACCGCCUUCUUCCGCAUCCCGGCAAACUUCACUUUCCAAGCCGACAUAGCUCUCCAAAUCGACACGUCCUCGCAAGUUGCCCUCCCGCUUCAGAUGGGCAGCAUGUGGGCCAUAGUAUGGGAUACGGACACGAACGUGGCGGUAGGCACCGGGAGCUUGAGCUCGUUCUCCGCGCCUGCAAAGCAGUAUACGCCGGUGUCUAUGCCUUUGGUAUUCGAAUAUGCAGCGGUGAAUGCGAGCGAUCCCACUUGGGCCGCAUUCCGCAACGCCUGUGGGUACAUCUGGAGUGGUACCACGCGCCCAGGGCUCAACCUCCGUAUUCAACUCUUCAUGAAGAUAGUCGGCCUUGUGCCGUCCUACCAGAGCGCAGUGUCGUUGAGCAAUGUGCCGUGUCCUAUCAUACUGCCGCAGGAUGCGCCUUAAACGGUAAACCUAUGUGGAUUCCAUGUUGUUGGAACGGACGGACUUGAGUUUUUCUCACGGAUGGUACGAUAACGGACUUCUUCUCUCUUCUUAGCAUUCCUUGCAAUUAUCAAUAGCACCGC